AUGCUUAUCCUGGCUCCUCCUCCGGUUCCUCUUGGGGGGUUUCUCCCGAUUGCUCCUUUGCGGCAUCCCAACAAGUGUCUGCGCGAGCUUGGCGUCCCUUACGACCCGGAGCUUCCUAUCAGCGCUGCUUUUGGAUGGGUCAGUCUACAGCGAGGCUGGAAGCCAGGUUCCAAGACUUGGAAAAAGCACUGGAACUCAUGCAUGACCGCCGAAUAUGACCGCCUGAUUGGCUACCGUGAAGCAAACCUGGCAACAUGGCAGGAGCUAUGUGCCAAAGUUAGCAUCAAGGGUUCGCUGGUUUCUAUCAACCAGUGCAAGAAGGCUCUUGUGCGUGUCCACGUCAACCUUGUUGAUCUCCUUGAUUGCUGGAACUCGGAUCAUACCCCUACUCAGUUUAAAAGCCAGAAAGCCCUUGCUAUCUACACAGAGGCGAACAACAAGUUCUUUGGUCGUCACAUCGCCAAACAGGACAAGGUCCUCCGAGUUCUUCUGCGGCACAUUCUCUAA